CCGCCCCUCAGGGGAGCUGCUUCCGCCGCUGAAAGUGGUGUGCAGCCAUGGCUAUCCUCUUUGCCGUGGUGGCCAGGGGCACAACCAUCCUUGCCAAGCAUGCCUGGUGUGGAGGAAACUUCCUGGAGGUGACUGAGCAGAUCCUGGCAAAAAUCCCAUCUGAAAACAACAAACUGACCUAUUCCCAUGGGAACUACCUGUUCCAUUACAUCUGCCAGGACAGGAUCAUUUACCUCUGCAUCACAGAUGAUGACUUUGAACGAUCCAGAGCCUUCAACUUCCUGAAUGAAAUCAAGAAGAGGUUUCAGACCACCUAUGGCUCAAGAGCACAGACAGCCCUCCCCUAUGCCAUGAACAGCGAGUUCUCCAGUGUAUUGGCUGCACAGCUGAAAUACCACUCAGAGAGCAAAGGCCCUGACCAGGUGGCAGAGACACAAGCCCAGAUUGAUGAACUCAAGGGCAUCAUGGUUCGAAACAUAGACCUCGUGGCACAGAGAGGAGAGAAGCUGGAGCUGCUGAUUGAUAAAACAGAGAACCUUGUGGAUUCGUCAGUCACUUUCAAAACCACCAGCAGGAACCUUGCCAGGGCCAUGUGUAUGAAGAACCUCAAGCUUACCAUCGUCAUCAUCAUCGUAUCCAUUGUCAUCAUCUACAUCAUCCUGUCAGCUGCCUGUGGUGGGCUUGCUUGGCCAAGCUGUGUGCAGAAGUAACUGGAAGCAGCUGGUGCUGGUCACUUGGAGAAGAGAAUC